UUCGGCGGAGUUCCUCGGCUUUAAAAAAGAAGAGAGAGAGAUUCCUGGGCGGCUUUCCCGCGCAAUUUCUGCUCCUUCAAGCAAGUAUAACUUCAAACAGUACGGAGCGGAGCCAGAGUUCCCCCAGGGGGAGCAACCACAACCGGCCGGUGCCAAACGCGAGCGGGAGUUUUGCGCCUCGACCCUGCGCGGAAGGGGGGACCGAAGGCAACAGCAACAGCAGGAUGGCAGCCGCCGCCGCCGCCAAGCCCGCCGAGUUAAUGGGCAUCUGCUCGAGCUACCAGGCGGUGAUGCCGCACUUCUUGUGCAUCGCCGAGGAAUUCCCUCAACCCAUCCGGCCCGCCAAGCUGGCCAAGGGCAAGUUGCGCAGACCCCGCCAGUCCCGCUUCAAGACGCAGCCGGUGACCUUCGACGAGAUCCAAGAGGUGGAGGAGGAAGGGGUCUCCCCCAUGGAGGAGGAGAAAGCCAAAAAGUCGUUCCUGCAGUCGCUCGAGUGCCUCCGCCGCAGCACCCAGAAUCUCAGCUUGCAGAAGGAGAAGAAGCUGAGCAGCUGCAGCCGCCUGAGGAACAGCCUGGACUCCUCCGACUCCGACUCGGCCCUCUGAAAGACGGGAGCUGCGCCUCGGCUGGGCUCGGGACGCGCCUCACCCACCGCGGGGGAGAAGCGGAUCUGCCGCCUUGGACUGUGUACCCGCCCCGCCGCACGCCCGGCUCUCUGCUUCAUACUGAAGUUGGCGGAGGAACUCUGUGGAAGAGCAUCCGAAAGCGGGAGGGAGAGAAAUGAAAGGGACGGUUUCUGAAAAAGACUUGAUGAGAAAUAAACCUUCGUUUCGGCUUUCCCUCCCGGCACAAAAAUAGCCUUUGGGACGCUCCGGUUUAUUUUGUUAUGAUAAAUCUAAAUCCUUGCAAGGAGACUUGACGGGAUGGGAAUCCCCUCCCCUCCUCCACUUCUUAUUUUCUUAUUUUUUUCUUUAUCGACAAUAAGAUCCAGUAUGAAUGUAGUAGAUUCGAAGAGCAGUCUGCAAAUCUGUGCAGUCUUGAAAGAGAAAUAUUUUGUUGGGGGGGGGGGAGUGCUUGUAUGUUUCUAGCCUAGCUGUUUGAGAUUUUUUUUUCCUUUGCAAUAUGAAGAAAAUAUUUUAAAAAUUGCACAUCUUUUUCUAAACGGUUGAAGGGGAAAAUGAAGUUUUAUGAAUGCCAUCAGCUGCUGGACUUUAUAUUUAUUUUUGCAUUUAAACUCUAGACUGCAUUAAUUUAAUAUGUUUCUACCUGAAUGCCUGUAAUUAUUUCCACAAAAGAGAAAUAAAGCUGAUAUAUUUGCACAAUG